UUUCGACUUUUUGCAGCGACGAGAAAAGGCGAAGAAAGGCAGAAAGUCGUGGCCUCGAGGGAGAAGUGCGUGGAAGAAGAAGGUCAGAGAUAGUGGUGAGUGGCAUUAAGGAGAUGGCUAGAGAAGUGGCCGUGGCAUUAGGGUAUCGAGUAUCUAGACGUUAUUCUAUUGUAAAAAGAUGAUAUAAAUGAUGAAUUGAAGGAAAGAUGAGAUGAAUAAUAGGCCUAGAGGAGGUUAAUUAAUAGUGUAGAGGAAUAUUUGCUAGUUGGCUGCUGUGUUUGGUCAUUGUAUAGUUGUAUGUAUAUUUAUAUUGCUGAGAUCAACUAGAAUGAGAUAUGUAAAAGACACCCUUUAUCAUUCACGGGAUAUGCAUUGAAUACUGCUGAUAUAACUUGUUACUAGAUGAUUUAGACUCUAUUUGGACUUGAAUAUAUUAUCUAUCGGUGUAGGUUGUUGUCUUGAUACUUGGUCAUUUGGUAGAUCUAUCUACUAUGGACUUGAUACAGAAUUGAUAGAAGAUUUGAUAGAACGCCCACGGAUGCCAGCAGCUAUACAAUGCUGCUCAAUAGAAUUAUGAGACUGCAAGAGAAUAAUAGACCAGUAUCAGGGUCAACAGCUAUAGGGAUAUGCUGUCACUCAGCUCGGACUUCUCUAAAUCCACCGUAUCCAACAAUGACAUCAUGAUGUUGACAACUUAUCCAAGCUACAGCUAUUAGUUAAAUACCCGGAGGAUAAGGAGAGUAGACGACUUCUAACACAUAUUAAAACACAUAUGAAACUACUCUAUUCUAUAUACUGACAGAAGAUCCGGUUUCACUGCAAAAUGCUGUCUUCCAAAUCACUCUAUACAACCAGACAGGCGCUCAGAUGCCCUGCACUUCAGUCCCAAGUACACCUGCAGAGAGGCCUUUCUACCUCAUCUGCACUCUCAAAAGGUACGGCUGGGCAAGGGCCAAAGGCACUUCUACUAGACAAGCAGCAGGGCCUGGGCUUCGCAAAGUCGAAUGCUCUCCCUCCAAAGCCAAGGAAGAGAGGAGUAACGGAGAUUCGAGGGCCUUAUUAUGCGGUAAUGGGAAAGAGAUAUCUCUCUGAUAUAUUUGAGACCAUGGGCGACUAUGUCGAUGGACUCAAGUUCUCCGGAGGAUCGUUCUCACUCUUCCACGAGGCCAAGUUGAAAGAGUUGAUUGACAUUGCUCAUGAGAACGGUGCUUAUGUCUCGACGGGAGGAUGGGCAGAACAUCUUCUAACUCAUCCGGAUAACACCACCGUUUUGGAUAGAUACUUCCGGAAAUGCAAAGAUCUCGGAUUCGACGUUGUUGAAUUGUCUGCUGGUUUCCUAUCAAUCCCAGAAGACGACUGGUUACGACUCAUCGAAAGAGUGCAGUCAUAUGGUCUGAAACCAAAGCCAGAGCUGGGAAUCCAGUUCGGUGCCGGAGGAGGCACUGAACUUGAGGCUAUUGGCACAAGUGACCCAGGGAAGCUGAUCAACCUGGGUAAAAAAUUCCUUGAUGCUGGAGUUGAGCGCCUCAUGAUUGAAAGUGAAGGCAUAACUGAAAACGUCACGAGCUGGAGGACAGAUGUUGUUUCGCAAAUCAUGAAGCAGCUGCCCCAGGAAAAGGUCAUGUUCGAAGCCGCCGACCCGAAAGUGUUCAGUUGGUAUAUUCGUGAGUUCGGCAUCGACGUCAAUCUCUUUGUUGAUAAUUCACAGAUCGUCCAGCUGAGCUGUCUGAGAAGGGGUAUCUGGGGAACUGCAGACACAUGGGGAAAGAUUGUCUCAUAUAGGCCUGACGAUUGA